CUCGGAUUGCGACAAAAAAGCAGGUGAUGCGGUGCCUUAUCCCUUGAAGUGAUCUUUACUCGUCCCCUCGUGACCACCAGUCCACCACGAUUCUCUACUUCCUUCCCAAGCCCCCACUCGCUUUCUCGCCAUAUCAGCAAAUCACCCCUUUUCUGGGUUUCUCCUGUUGCUUUUCCACUCAUUCUCAGUCAUCACUCCAUCUAAACUUGUGUUUUUGGAGGUUCGAACUAGUAGGGAGAGAGAUGGGUUCGCAAGGAGAUGUGAGGAAUGGAGAAGAAGAGAACAUGGCAGCUUGGCUGGUCGCAGUCAACACCCUCAAGAUUCAACCUUUCAAGCUCCCUUCACUGGGACCGCAUGAUGUUAGAGUAAGGAUGAAAGCUGUUGGAAUCUGUGGGAGUGAUGUUCACUACCUUAAGACCUUGAGAUGUGCACAUUUUGUGGUGGAAGAACCAAUGGUGAUUGGCCACGAGUGUGCUGGAAUCGUGGAGGAGAUGGGUAGUGAAGUAACCCAUCUUGUUCCGGGGGAUCGCGUAGCACUAGAGCCCGGGAUCAGCUGCUGGAGAUGCAGCUACUGCAAACAAGGCAGCUACAAUCUCUGUCCCGAGAUGAAGUUCUUCGCAACUCCACCUGUUCAUGGCUCUCUGGCCAAUCAGGUGGUGCAUCCAGCAGACCUUUGUUUCAAGCUGCCGGAGGAUAUCACCUUGGAGGAAGGAGCAAUGUGUGAACCCUUGAGCGUUGGGGUCCACGCCUGUCGUCGAGCCAAUGUCGGUCCCGAGACUAAUGUCUUGAUCAUGGGAGCUGGGCCUAUUGGCCUCGUCGCGUUGCUGGCUGCUCGGGCUUUUGGCGCACCAAGGGUUGUGAUCGUGGAUGUGGACGAGUUUCGCUUAUCUGUUGCCAAGGAUCUUGGUGCUAGUGAGACUGUUAAAGUGUCUACCAAUGAGGAGGAAGUGGCUGGAGAAGUGGAACUGAUAAAGAAAGCCAUGGGAGAAUCAGUGGACAUAACUUUGGAUUGUGCAGGUUUCAACAAGACCAUGACGACUGCACUGAAUGCCACGAGGCCAGGUGGCAAAGUGUGUCUCGUGGGAAUGGGUCACAAUGAGAUGACAGUGCCACUCACUCCUGCAGCAGCAAGGGAGGUAGAUGUGGUUGGCGUGUUUCGGUACAAGAACACAUGGCCGUUGUGCAUAGAGUUCUUGAGGAGUGGGAAGAUAGAUGUGAAGCCGCUGAUAACUCACAGGUUUGGCUUUUCACAGAAGGAGGUUGAAGAUGCGUUUGAGACCAGCGCUCGUGGUGGGUCUGCCAUCAAAGUCAUGUUUAACCUCUGAGCAUUGAAGAAAUAUUGAAACGAGAGAGAAAAGGCUUACAUAUGAUUAUACAGGUCCUAUUUUGAUUGUACAAACUGGAAAGAAAAGGUUCAUAUGUUUCGAAAUAAAGUAGGCAUAAGACUAUUUUUCUGCAUAGCGAUUAGCUUUUUCACCUAUUUUUACUACUAAGAUAUUGAAUCUACCAUUCUUCAGCUUGUUCAUAUUUCAUACAAAUUGGAUCAACCAGAACGGAUUUUAGGCGUUCUUAAUCGUUGCAGGUUUGCAGGUACUAAGAACGCUGAUAAAG